GGAUCAGCGAGCACAGGCUCGUGCGCUGUGAGAGCCUCACCUUCCACUCAGUCGCUCAGUCAGUCCGUCAGUCUGUCUGUCCGUCUAUCCGCUGCUCCGCGCUCACGCAGCGACACCUUCGCUGCCCUCACCCGGCGAAGAAGCACCGUAUUCUCGCCGUACAACAACCACGGAGAGCCGCAGACACUCGCCGCCUUUUCCAGAAGGAUGAGACAGGUCCGGCAUGGUCUGGACUGAGCUGCUCCAGUACCAGGACGAUGGCUCAGAGACGGAUAUCAUGCUGGUGAGGCCGCCUGCCAGAACCCGCCACACCUACACCGAGUGACGCCGCCAUGCCUCGCCUGCCUCCCUGAUUCCCUUCCACACUCCCUCCACUCAGCGCCACAGCAGUCCCCCCGCCCCGUCCCCCCGUGAAGUCACCAUGGCGACCCCCUUCCUGUGGAAGCUGUCCUCCCAGAAGCUGGGCUUCUUCCUGGUCAGCUUCGGCUUCAUCUGGGGCAUGAUGCUGCUGCACUUCACCAUCCAGCAGAGGGCCAGCCACGAGAACAGCGCCGUGCUGCGCCAGCAGAUCCUCGACCUCAGCAAGCGAUACAUCAAAGCUCUGGCAGAGGAGAACCAGAGCGUCAUGGACGGGCCCUACGUGGGUACCAUGACGGCUUACGACUUGAAGAAGACCCUGGCGGUGCUGCUGGACAACAUCAUGCUGCGGCUGGGUAAACUCGAGUCAAAGGUGGAGAACAUCUACAACGGCACCGUGGGAAACCUCACCAACGCCAUCGGCACCGCCACACCCAGUGCCACCAACCCGGAGAAGGUGAACGUAGCAGGUAAGAGAAGAGAGAGCAGAUCAAUGAAAAGGAAAGCUAGUGGGGAUACUGAAAGGUUUUUUCAUAAGAAGAGUGCACAGCAGGAAGAGAAGGAGGGAAAUGAAGGAGAAGGUAGUGUACUGGAGAGACCAGGAGGCUCAGAGCAGGAGAAGGCAACAGGAGGAGAUGAACAAGUAAGUGAAGGAGAAGAAGAUGUGAUGGAUGAAGAAGACGAGGCUGCUGCAGUUUCAGAAAGUGGGACAGAGGCAGGGAGUGACCACCAGGCAGAUGAAGAUGACAGGGAGGAAGAGGGUCCUAGGCCUACUGCCGUUCCCCCUGGACCACAUGAUCUUCUAAACGGAGCUCAGGAGAAGUGUGAGCUGCCGCCGCUCGACGGCUUCCCUCACUGCGAGGGCAAGGUCAAGUGGAUGAAGGAGAUGUGGCACUCAGACUCCUGCUAUUCCAACUACGGCGUGGACGGCUCCACCUGCUCCUUCUUCAUCUACCUCAGUGAGGUGGAGAACUGGUGUCCUCGUCUUCCCUGGAGGACAAAGACGCUCGGUGAAGACAUCGACAGGAGGAGACAGGCAGAGGUCCGCACCAACUUCGACGAGCUUUACCGUGUGAUGUCACAGAGGGAGGAGUUUCGCUGGAUGAUGCUGAGGAUCAAGCGCAUGGCCGAGCCGUGGGUCAGCGCCAUCCGAUCGCUGGCCGAUAAGCAGAACCUGGUCAAGCGUCAGAAGAAGAAGAUCCUGGUGCACUUGGGUCUGCUGACGAAGGAGUCGGGUUUUAAAAUAGCUGAAAACGCCUUCAGCGGCGGCCCGCUGGGCGAGCUGGUCCAGUGGAGUGACCUCAUCACCACGCUGUACCUGCUGGGCCAUGACGUCCGCAUCUCAGCCUCCAUCGCCGAGCUCAAAGAGAUCAUGCGUAAGGUGAUGGGGAACAAGUCCAGCUGUCCCACGCAGGGCGAUAAGGUGGUGGAGCUCAUCUACAUCGACAUCGUGGGACUGACGCAGUUCAAGAAGACGCUGGGACCGUCCUGGGUCCACUACCAGUGCAUGCUGCGAGUGCUCGACUCUUUUGGGACGGAGCCAGAGUUCAAUCACGCUCACUACGCCCAGUCCAAGGGUCACAAGACGCCCUGGGGGAAGUGGAACCUCAACCCGCAGCAGUUCAACACCAUGUUCCCUCACACUCCAGACAACAGCUUCCUGGGCUUCGUGGUGGAGCAGCACCUGAACGCCAGCGACAUCAGGCACAUCGACGACAUCAAGAGGCAGAACCAGUCGCUCGUCUACGGCAAAGUCGACAACUUCUGGAAGGACAAGAAGAAGUACCUGGACGUCAUCCACAGCUACAUGGAGGUCCACGGCACCGUGCACGGCACCAGCACCGUCCACCUGCCCAGCUACGUCGAGAACCAUGGCAUUCUGAGCGGCCGCGACCUGCAGUUCCUGCUCCGAGAAACCAAGCUCUUCGUGGGUUUGUCUUUCCCGUACGAAGGUCCCGCUCCUCUGGAGGCCAUCGCCAACGGCUGCGCUUUCCUCAACCCCAAGUUCAACCCACCGAAGAGCAGCAAGAACACGGACUUCUUCAAAGGCAAACCCACUCUGAGAGAGCUGACGUCUCAGCACCCGUACGCUGAGGUUUACAUCGGUGAGCCUCACGUGUGGACGGUGGACAUCGAGAACCCAGCAGAGGUGGAGCGAGCGAUCCGCUCCAUCCUCAGUGAGAAGAUUGAGCCAUACCUGCCCUACGAGUUCACGUGUGAGGGGAUGCUGCAGAGAGUCAACGCCUUCAUCGAGAACCAGGACUUCUGUCAUGGUCAGGUGAUGUGGCCUCCUCUCAGUGCUCUGCAGGUGAAGAUGGCAGAGCCGGGUCGCUCGUGUAAACAGGUCUGUCAGGAGGAGCAGCUCAUCUGUGAGCCGUCCUUCUUCCAACAUCUCAACAAGGACACGGACCUGGCCAGGUUCGGCGUGGUGUGUGACAGCGUGGAGUCGAGUGCGGACACCGUAGUCCCCGCCUACAGUGCGUCUCGUCAUCACUGUGUGUUUCAGUCUGACCUGCUGCUGUUCAGCUGUGCCGGCGCUCACCAGACGCUGCCACGCGUCUGCCCCUGCCGUGACUACAUGAAGGGCCAGGUGGCGCUGUGUAAAGACUGUCUAUAGCACACACACACACACACACAGCUGGUCGUCAUGUCAGGGGGGGCGUGGUCUGUGGGCGUGGCUGGAUGUGGGAGCAGCCCCCAUGGUGACAGACUGUGUUUGUUCAUAUUCAUCAUGUGGAAGCAGCGCCGCCCCAGUGGACUGAAGUGCACAUAUCAGUGAGUGGCUCUUUGGACGCCCCGCCCACCACCACCCAAACCCUGCCCUUUACACUCCAUGCACCGCCCUCCCUGCCCCGAAACUGCUUUUUUCUUUACGGUAGAUUUACACUGGACACACACACACACUAACAUAUACACGCACACACACAGACACACACUAACAUAUACACGCACACACACACACACACACACACAGUUUUACACUGUAACGUCUCGUUCGUUUCUUCUUGAGAAAAAAAAAAACGCGUCAGAUCGGACAUUUAACGUAAAAGCUUUUAUUCACACGUCCUCACAGCAGGAAGUCCACAUCCACUUUAAAGGGAAAGUUCGGACGUUGUUUUUUUAAGUUCCACAAACUUAAAAAAAAAAAAAAAUCCCUUUUUUAAAAAGUCGCACGCUCUUAUUUAAAAAAAAAAACACGUCACGUGCGUUUGUAUGAGGGGAAAAAAAGGCCAGUAGAGAAUCCUGAGACGAUUCUCGUUAUUUGUCGUGACGUAGCGUUUUAGGCUCCGCCUCCUGCAGAGAAUUCGUAAAAAAUGUGCGUGUUUGUUGACAACGUUCGGGGGACGACAAACACAAGCGCACAAUUCUUUAUUACGACGACGACAGCGAGAAUAAAAGUUAGUUUUCUUAGUGGUGAGAAGAGGAAGUGCACUACGACGACACUGUACAUUAUUGCGAUGUUUUCUUUAUUUAUUUUGUACACAGAUGUUUUUUUCUGUUUCUGCUGGAAUUCAGUUUUUAAUUUAUCGCAGGGGUGUUUCCAAACUUUUUUUUCCCUUUUUAAAUAGAUUUUUAUUUAUGGAGAUUUUUAUUGAACGUGUGCGAAAAGGGGGCGUGGCUUCUGUUCAAGUUCGUUUUUAACGUGUUGUGUUUUUUUAAAAAACAUUUCUGCACAAAAGUAAGUUUCACAAAAAAAAAAUUCGGAAAAUUUUCCGGGAAAAAUAUGUUUGGGUCAUUUGACGUAACUUUAGUCGCGGAGACUUCGUACACUUUACGUUCUUUUAUGUUUUUAUCGUGUCAAAGAAAAAACGCGAUGUGCCUUUUUUUCAGUUCUUAAGAUUUUUAUCGUUCACAUGAAUUUAAAUCUUUAAAUUAUUUACAUUUUUUUCUUAUUUUACUCUUAAUUUAAAAAAAACAAAACACCCAAACUUUAUUUAUACAACAGCACACGGAUGACGUGUCGGGGUUAAUUGUAUUAUUUAGUUUAAAUCUGAUUAGUUUAAUCUGAUUACUCACACUAAUCCUGUGAAAAGACCCAAACCAACAAUAUAUAUACAUAUAUAUAUAUAUGUGUGUGUAUAUAUAUAUAUAUAUAUAUAUGUGUGUGUGUAUUUAUAUAUACAUACAUACAUACAUAAUGUUGUUUCUUUUAAUCUAACAGCAGUGAAACAUUCAUUUUGUUGGGGAUUAUUUUAAUCUGUGGAUGAAAACUGUUGAGCUCUUUUUAGGGGAUUAAUGAUUUUAAGUAAUUUUAAAUCAAAUAUUUCAAGUUUUUGUGAGUAAAAAAAAGCCUUUAUUUUAUUUUAUUUUGUGUCAAACACGCGACUGAAGAAGUGAAGAACGCAGCAACUUCUUUCUUUGUUUUUAUUUUCAGUCUUUGACGAGUGAGAGGGAUAUAACUUUAUUUUUAAAUAAACUUGUCUCUGGUUUUA